AUGAAUUGUAGUACUGAAGUAGAGACACAGCAGAUGCCAAAUGGUUUAUGGUCGUGGUACUUAUCAAACCUUAAAGAAGGGACCUUUGAACAGAUUGUAGCUGAUGAACAACGAUUGACCAGAGUAGAAAGGGAAAACACUUCAUCUGCUGUCAAUUUGAUUAUAUCUGUCCCAGAGACUUCAGUUUCGCCGGAUACGAUAAAUAUUCUUACAGAAAUUUUUGAAAAGUAUAUCCCAGAUAAUUCUGUCGUAGAUUUAGAAGAGACCACAACUACAAAUGAACAUUUAUAUGUUAUCAGGGAUACUUAUAAUAAAUUUCUUUAUAAAUAUAGGAUAGAGUCUAUCAAGAAUGAUCUGCUACCCUUAAUUAAACCAUCGCAAUUACAGUUAAAAUUACAUCAACCUUCACCACCUAUGUCUGACGAAAAUGAGAAUAGUCAACUUUUGACUGAAAACUACAUGGGACCAAUUUUAAGUGAUAUAAAAAAUGAGAUGAUUAGAGUUAGUGAAGACUCAGAAUACUCCGAUGAUACAGAAGAUGAAGAUAGUGGUGCAAUCAUAUUAAAUUUUACUAGGAAAAGUCGAUCUGGCUCAAGACCUAAUUUCGACAAAGAAGAUUUUUUUACACCUUUAGAAAGUGAGGUUAUAUCAAUUAGUAGUUUUGAAAAUAAUCUCACAAUGGAUAGUGACUUAGGUAGACUGGAAGAAUGUUCUUCCUUGAAAAGAGUUUCUGCAAAUAAUGGAAGUUCAAUACUUGACAGAAUAGUGACUUCAAAUAAAGCUGAUUUAAAAUUAGUUGGUGCGAUUUGUAAGGGUGGAAGGGAACCACAUUCCUUUUCAACUGCUAUUCGUCAAGGUUUUGGUGAAGACUGGGUACUCUAUGAUGAUGACUUCGAUUUGAAUAAUUUAGAAUAUUGCUCAUUGGAAGAAGUUCUCUAUGGAGAUAGAGAGGUAACGACACUCAUCUUCACAAUAAAUUUAUCAUUAAACUGA